CAGUUCACAUGGUUCACACAGAAGUCGUCUGUAAUGUCUUCACAAACACAUGUGUAAUAUACGUUAUGUCAUGUACCUAAUUAGAAUGAAGGAAGAAAUAAUUUUUCCAUUACUGUAGUUUAUCUACACGACCACAAGGCCAAGCUCCGGUUAAAUUAAACCAAAUAAUAAUUUGACCCUCCCCCCGGCUUAGAUAACACUUUGAAAAUAUGUUUGUGAAUGUGUAUGAAUGAGGAAUACGUUAAUUAAAUAUCAUAUCGUUGUGGUUUUAAAGAUACACUCUCGGUGUCACCGUAUCGAGGGUCAAGCCACUGCCAACCACUGAGUAUUCUCAGCAAGCCUCUCCUGAAAAAGGACAUUCAAAGCGCUCAGGAUAGAGGGGAAUUUAUUCCAAAGUCGCUUGGCAAUGAGAAGAGAUCUCUGGGAACGCACCGCGGAUAAACACUGUGGUUCCAGUGUGACAGCAGUUGAUCCGCUCGUGGAUUCGAAGAUAGGGUUGAUCAGAGGUGUCCAGUCUCAAGAUGGAGAGUACUCUAUGUUCCUCGGCGUUCCGUACGCUUUAGUCGAUGAGAACAAUCCGUUUGGGGCAUCGACACCUCAUCCCGGAUUCGAGACGCCUUUCGAAGCGUACAACGAUACAACGGUGUGCCCUCAAAUGUCGGGCCAGACUCCUAUAGGAACACUACAAUGUCUCCACUUAAACAUAUACGUUCCAAACAAAGCUACCACAAAAAAUCUUCUCCCGGUCAUGGUAUGGAUUCACGGCGGCGGUUUCUCCAUCGGCAGCGGUAAUCGGGCCGAUUAUUCUCCGGAACUCCUCAUUAAGCACGACGUGGUGCUGGUAUUUAUUAACUACAGGUUAGGGCCAUACGGCUUUCUCUGCUUGGACAGUGAAAAGGUCCCUGGGAAUCAGGGCCUGAAGGACCAAUAUCUAGCACUUAAAUGGGUCAAAGAAAACAUUAGAUACUUUGGAGGAGACCCAAGAAUGGUGACAGUUUUCGGUGAAAGCGCCGGAGCAGUGUCGAUUGAGUUUUUUCUACUGUCACACCGAGAGCUUUUAUUCCAAAGAGCUAUAAUGCAAAGCGGCUCGACACUAAAACCUAUCGCUGUAUCCAAACUAAAUAACGAAAUAGCUUUCACAAUUGCCUCUAACAUGGGAUACGAAACUGACAAUAUAGAGAAUGCUAUAAGGUUUCUGUCAGAAAAAGACUCUGAUUUAGUAAUAGCGGCGACAAACGAAAUAGAAAACGUUUAUCAAAUCAUAAGACCGUGCGUGGAUAGCGGGUCUGAUGCCGUGAUACCUGACCUUCCACAGAAUUUGGGCAACAAGAAAAUUAGCGGACUCAAUUUGAUGUACGGCUCGAACGGUGAAGAAAUGCUGGCUUACUACAAUAAAUAUUUUAUCAAAGGAUCCUUCGGGAAAGUUCUAGAGAUGGGCUUUGAAAAUUUAAAUGAGUCGAUAGCGCAAAUAAUCCAACAGUUUUACGUUGGUGACGCCGAAUUUAAUGAUAAUAUAAUACCUGAAUUUGUUCAGUUCGGUUCUGAUUUCUUCUACAAUCACCCUGUCGAAAGAUCCAUGAACAAAAUGAUCGAAAACGGAGCUAAAGACAUCUACUAUUACGUGUUUAAUUAUAGCGGACACCGGAAUGUUAUGAGCAAGAUUUUGAAUAUCGCCCAUUCCGGUGCGACCCACGGUGACGAGCUUGGUUAUCUUUUCGGGAACGAUGCACUCAAGGACUCGCCAAACGAAGAAGAUCAAUUAGUUAUAGAUAGAAUGACGAAGAUGUGGACGGACUUUGCAAAGUUCGGCAACCCUACACCAGAAAUAUCGGACGCGAUACCAGACAAAUGGAAAUCUGUCUCGACGAAGAAAUAUUACAUGAACAUCGAUUCUAAUCUAACAUUGAAAACGAGACCUUUCCAUGACAGAAUGGCAUUCUGGGAUCUCGUUUAUAAAGCCGUCCAGAACCCGGAUCCUGUUACAGACAAGUUCGUGUAAUAGAAACACGGACCAUCCAUUAAUAUAACAGAAUAAUAGUAAAUAAAUAAUUUGAAUUCGCUUCGAAAUCAGGAAUUACAAGCUUUACAAAAAAAGCUAGUGAGUAUUGCUCACUCUAUUUGUUCAAAAGCUUUGAAUUUUACAUUUAUCUUCCUGAAUUCUAUGAAGCGAUUUAAGGAUUCUUUGGGCAACUCUUCAAAUUAGAUCAACUUCUUGCUCAUUUCCUGUGGUCCAGUUAUUCGACCGGAGUAAAUGUUUGGCUGUCUGAAAUGGCACCCUUAACACAGUCAAAAACAUUGUGUCUUUAUACAUGUCAUUUUUGUUUAGUACCAUAUGUUUAGUAAAUAAAAGAUGUAAGAAUUA